CAUCUCACCUACACUUCAAUGGAUCCUUCAUCGUCGGGCAUCCAGGAGCCUUUCGACCUCAUCAGAUUAUCCCUCAGCGAACGUGUUUUCGUGAAAUUAAGGGGAGAUCGCGAGUUGACUGGCGUACUUCAUGCUUACGAUGGUCAUAUGAACCUUAUUCUGAGUGAUGUUGAAGAGACCAUCAUGAUCGUAGACCCCAUCGAAGGAGGUAUGGAUGGACAAGGAACCGUCAAAGUGGCCAAGAGAAAAAUGGAGAUGUUGUUCGUUCGGGGAGAUGGCGUUAUCCUGGUGUCACCACCAUCGCGGACUUGAAUAUCUCAGGACGUUGUAGGCAUCGUAGAUCAGUACUUUCUCUGCCAGUAUAUGUUUCGGCAGCAAUUCCCUUGUAUCUCCAAAGCGUCGCACACAUGUCCUUGUAAUAAUUGGAUGGUAAGAAGUAAAAAUGCAUUUAAUACAUAGUUC